AUCGCGCACCCUUCGACCUCGACCUCAUCAUCACCACGUCAUGGCCUCGCUCUUCCGUCAAGGAGGCAGGCUAGCCGCCACGGCCUCAACAGCCGCUUCCUCCUCAUCACGCGCAACCCUCCCGCGUACCUUCGCAACCUCGUCGCUCCGCCUCGCAGUUCACGAGAAGGACCCUCAACUAGGCGACUACCCGGAUGUACCUAUGAAGAGCUUCCAAUUGCGAAAGCACGACAAGAGCUGGUUCGACCCGCAGGAGAAGAGGAACUUUGGAGAGACGCCAUCGGAGCAAGACGACAUCCUCUCCGUCUGGGGCCCUGAUCUGCACACCAACACCCCGCCGCAAAAGGCUGUCAGGCAUUUCCUCAUUGCCGUGGCGGCCUUUACGACCUUCUUUGGUCUCGUCUACUAUGGCACGCCGGAGAGGAACUUUAUUCCGAGGACGUUCCCUCGCGACGGCCUGGCAGAGGAGCUCACCGGCCCGGUAAAGGCAUACAAGGAGGGCGACUUUGAUGCGAAGGACGAGGAGGAGGAAGAGGAGGACGAGUAGAUACUGCAGACUUCGCGAGCAUGCAAAUGGGAUGACCAUCGAUAUCAUUGACAUCCAGGGAAGGAGACGUGCAGAUAGAGAGCGAAGGACGAGAGCGAAGGACGAAAGUGGCCAGCCCACACUCUCGUGUUGCCCGCCCUCUCAGUGACGAGACUCAAAGGGGUAUGGCAGCGAUGAGCCGCCGUCCUCCUUCGUUGAACAUUUCACGUCGUCCACUUUGGCGCCGCUGGGACCCUUGUGUAGCCAGCUUUGGCU